AAUAAAAUUAGUUUUGAUAAUUUCUGACCAGAAAAUUAUUGUCCCAUUUUCUCUUUCCUGAAAACUAGAAUGCUGAGCCAUGAGUGCAGAAACCCUUGCCCCAAUUUCUCCAACCCAACACCCAUUUCUACUGUUUCGGGUAACUCAAUCAAUCAACCAGAUUUAGCUGUAAAAGGGUCGGCGAAGGCGUAUCUGCAUCUCCUGUGUACUGCGAAACACUGGAAACCACCUCUCUUUGAAUGCUGUAAUGAGGAAGGUCCUCCUCACAUCAAACGGUUCACCUUCAAGGUCAGUAUUCUGGCUGAAGAUGGGUUUGUGAUCCUUGAGAGUUAUAGCCAUGCUCUGACAACCAAGAAAGCCGCGGCAGAGGAUGCGGCCGAGGGGGCGCUCUGGUGCUUGAAACAUAUGAGCAUCUGAUGAAGCAAUAUUAAUGUAUGAUUGUGGGUUCCAAAUCUUGAAAAUCAACUGAAAAUUAUUAUGGUUUUAGUUAGAAAUCCUAUGCCAUAACUGUAGUGUGUGAUUGUAGGAUCCCAAAAACUUGAAUAAUGGGGACAAUAUUAUUGGAUCAUGUCUGAAGUGAAACUGAGGUCCUUUUUAAGGAUUAGAUUUGGGAUUGAGUUGAUUUUCAUGCUAA